AACCUCGUGUCACAUCAUUGUCUCAUUGAGCAGUUGACUGUUUGUUCUUUUUGGAUAACAACCCUUAGGCGACCUAUUAGGAAUUUUAGGCAAUCUAGUAGCAACAUUAGGCGACCUAGUACCAACCUCGGGCGAUUAAACCCUAACUUGCAGGCCUGUCCAAAAUGGCCUAGUAACCCUUACUCGCAUUAACUCGUCUGUGAUUCUAUCUCGCUAGCAUGGCGGCAUCAGGAGGCGCAGCGUCUGCAGCAGCGGCAGCGUUGCGCCACGUGUUGCUGCUCCAGCGCGACGUGCCGCGGGCAGCGAAAUUUUUCAAGGAGGGGUUGGGGCUGCCCGUGCUGGUGUGCACGGAGCGGUGGGCGGAGGUGCAGGCUGGUCAUACGCGGAUCGCGCUGCAGCAAUGCGACGGGUCUUUUCCUCUCCACGCAUCCCCCCUCCCUUUCAGCACAGCGCACACAGCUCAUGGCUUCUCUCCCAUGCUCUCCUUCUCCGUGCGAGGAGAGGGGGAGUUUGACUCCACUCUCCUGCGCAUGCUGCGGUUGGGAGCGGUGAUGGAUGGUGCUGUGGUGCAUUUGCCGCAUGGCCGGGUGGCUGCUCUAAGAGCUCCUGAUGGGCCAAUGCUAAGUCUAGUGGAAGAAACAGAAGAGGGAUGAGAGAGAGGUGCUUCUGUGGCGACCAUAAAGCAUGAAUAAUAACGAUUCUCUGUACACUUGUACACACUUAGCGUCUAUCUCAAAUUCAUUAGGGCAUGGUAGCUAGGGGCAGGAAUGGGGGUGUCAUGUGGUAUAUGCAGUAGCGUAAUAUUGCACUUGGAGUCUUUUACUAAACUUCCUACACACUCUCUUGGAAUCCUAGAUCACCCUCGGAAUCACCUCAGUUA